CUCACCGGAAUCAAGAAGCACUUCUGCAGAAAGCACGGCGAGAAGAAGUGGAAAUGCGACAAGUGCUCUAAGAAAUACGCUGUUCAAUCAGAUUGGAAGGCUCACUCUAAGAUUUGCGGCACUAGAGAGUACAAAUGCGAUUGUGGCACUUUGUUCUCAAGGAGGGAUAGCUUCAUCACGCAUAGGGCUUUUUGUGAUGCCUUGGCCGAGGAAAGUGCGAGAUCUCAAACUCAUUCACAAACUACUCAGUCUCAGAUUGGUGUUAAGGUUAGUUCUGAAUCAGAUUCUAAGGCUGUUAACGCUGAAUCUUCGUCGCCUCAGGCGACACCUCCACCUCCUGCUCCUACUCCUGCUCCUGCUCCUCCACCGCCGCCGCCUCCUCCGGUUCAGCCGGAAGCUCCGCCACUGCCGGCCACUACUACUACUACUACCACCACCCAGCCAAACAGUGUUGUUGUGCCACUGGUUUUGCAGACUCAGAAUCCAGAGUUGCCAGAAAAUUCGCCACAAAUCAUAGAGGAGCCACAAGCUAACACUGCUCUGAAUGGGAGCUGUAGCAGCAGCACUAGCUCAACAAGCAAUGGUGGUACUAGCAGCAGUGUAUUUGCAAGUUUGUUCGCUUCAUCAACUGCGUCGGGAGGGCAGGACCGCCGCCAAUAUGCACCACCGCCACAGCCAACCAUGUCUGCCACUGCUUUGCUGCAAAAAGCAGCUCAAAUGGGUGCGGCUGCAACCAAUGCCUCGCUGCUUCGUGGUUUAGGUAUAGUGUCCUCUUCUGCUUCGUCUUCACCAGCUCAGCAAGAUGGCUUGCAAUGGGGUCAGCAGCCGGCCGAACCAGAGAGUGCCUCAGUUCCGGCGGGGCUUGGACUUGGGCUGUCUUUUGACAGUGGCUCUGGACUAAAGGAAUUAAUGAUGGGGACUCCUUCCAUGUUUGGUCCAAAGCAUACCACCCUCGAUUUUCUAGGAUUGGGGAUGGCUGCUGGAGGAACUCCUGGUGGAGGCUUGUCGGCACUCAUCACAUCUAUUGGUGGUGGUUUGGAUGUUAGUGCUGCGGCAGCAGCAUCUUUUGGAAACGGAGAGUUUUCUGGCAAAGACAUUGGGCGGAGCACAUGAUAAUUUUGGUGCAAGGACUGCAUAUAAUUUUUCAGGGCCUUGAAGUUCUGGUUGUACAGAAUUGUAUGGUCUUUUGUACAAUAUGAAUCUGCAAUGCAUCAGGAAGGGAGGAUUAGUAAGAUAUAGUAUAUGAUCCUAAUAUGCAGUGCAUCAAGCAUUGUGAAAAAAGGGUUAUUUAUGCCUCUAAUAUGAGUGGGAAAAGACACUAUUAUAGUAAAAAUGAAAAGGGCCAGAGCUUUUCUUCUUAGUAAAUAGCUUGGUCCGGACCACUCUAUCUGGGUGAACUAAAAGGUUGGAAUUUGAUAUAUGUAUUGGUGUCGUAGGCUAUGGGGACAAUGACGAGUUUUGAAGGGUACACAUCUAAAAGAUGUUUUUGCUUCUUGAGCAUAUACAUUUUUGAUCAAGUAGUGAAAUCCUUUUGGAUUAUUUUGGUUGGUCAGUGGCUGUAGCAUGUAGGCAUGAAUUAGGAAACUUUUGAUGUUUGUGUUUUAUGUUGACGGUUGAAAUUUAUUGUCACAAGGUGGAAUUUGGCAGUACGCGGUUGGUUGGAUAUAAAAUCAAUCUCGUAUAUGAACUUUCAUAUCAAUUUCUCAUUAUGUUGUACAGAAUUGUAUGUAUUCCAUUCAAGUUCAUUUUUCUCCAUAAA